CUCAAAAUACACCAGCGCAUUCACACUGGAGAGAAACCAUAUCAGUGCUCACAGUGUGGGAACAGAUUCAGGUUCCUGAGUAAUCUCAAAGAACACCAGCGCAUUCACAGUGGAGAGAAACCGUAUCAGUGCUUACAGUGUGGGAUGAGCUUUAGUACCCGAAGGAAUCUCAAAAUACACCAGCGCAUUCACACUGGAGAGAAACCGUAUCAGUGCUCACAGUGUGGGAAAAGCUUCAGUACCCCGAGUAAUCUCAAAAUACACCAGCGCAUUCACACUGGAGAGACACCGUAUCAGUGCUUACAGUGUGAGAAGAGUUUUAGUUCUUGGAGUGAUCUCAAAAAACACCAGCGUAUUCACACUGGAGAGAAGCCGUAUCAGUGCUCACAGUGUGGGAAGAGUUUUAAUCGUCAAAGUGUUCUAAAAAUACACCAGCGCAUUCACACUGGAGAGAAACCGUAUCAGUGCUCACAGUGUGGGAAGAGUUUUCAUACACAGAGUCAUCUAAAAGAACACCAGCGCAUUCACACUGGAGAUAAACCGUAUCAGUGCUCACAGUGUGGGAAGAGUUUUAAUACACAGAGUGUUCUCAAAAAACACCAGCGCAUUCACACUGGAGAGAAACAGUAUCUGUGCUCACAGUGUGGGAAGAGUUUUCAUACACAGGGUCAUCUAAAAGAACACCAGCGCAUUCACACUGGAGAGAAACCAUAUCAGUGCUCACAGUGUGGAACGAGUUUUAAUACACAGAGUCAUCUCAAAAAACACCAGCGCAUUCACACUGGAGAGAAACCCUAUCAGUGCUUACAGUGUGGGAGGAGUUUUAUUCAACAAUGUAACCUUAAAAUACACCAGCGCAUUCACACUGGAGAGAAACCGUAUCAGUGCUUGAAGUGUAAAAAGAGGUUUAAUACACAGAGUAAUCUUGAAAGACACCAGUGCAUUCACACUGGAGAGAAACCGUAUCAGUGCUCACAGUGUGGGAAGAGUUUUGUUCAACAAUGUAGCCUUAAAAAACACCAGCGCGUUCACACUGGAGAGAAACUGUAUCACUGUAAAGAUUGUGGGAAGAGCUUCAGGUUCCUGAGUGGUCUCAAGAUACACCAGCGCAUUCACACUGGAGAGAAACCGUAUCAGUGCUCACAGUGUGGGAAGAGUUUUAAUACACAAAGUAAUUUUAAAGAACACCAGCGCAUUCACACUGGAGAUAAACCGUAUCAGUGCUCAGAGUGUGGGAAGGGUUUUAGGUACCAGAGGACUCUUAAAAGACACCAGCACAUUCACACUGGAGAGAAACCGUAUCAGUGCUCACAGUGUGGGAAGAGCUUCAGGUUCCAGAGUGAUCUCAAAAUACACCAGCGCAUUCACACUGGAGUGAAACCGUAUCAGUGCUCACAGUGUGGAAAGAGCUUUAAGUACCAGUGGAGUCUUAAAAGACACCAGCGCAUUCACACUGGAGAGAAACCGUAUCAGUGCUCACAGUGUGGGAAGAGCUUUAGGUUCCAGAGUGAUCUCAAAAUACACCAGCGCAUUCACACUGGAGUGAAACCAUAUCAGUGCUCACAGUGUGGGAAGAGCUUUAUUUCCCCCAGUAAACUCAAAAGACACCAGCACAUUCACAUUGGAGUGAAACCGUAUCAGUGCUCACAGUGUGGGAGGAGCUUUAGGUUCCAGAGUGAUCUCAAAAUACACCAGUGCAUUUACACUGCAGUGAAACCAUAUCAGUGCUCACAGUGUGGGAAGAGCUUUAUUUCCCCCAGUAAACUCAAAAGACACCAGCGCAUUCACAUUGGAGUGAAACCGUAUCAGUGCUCACAGUGUGAAAAGAGCUUAAGUAGCCAAAGGUAUCUAAAAAUACACCAGCGCAUUCACACUGAAGAGAAACCGCAUCAGUGCUCACAGUGUGGGAAGAGUUUUAAUCGCCAGGGUCAUCUCAAAGUACACCAGCGCAUUCACACUGGAGGGAAACCGUAUCAGUGUCCACAAUGUGGGAAGAGCUUACGUACCAGAAGUAAUCUCAAAGAACACCAGCGCAUUCACACUGGAGAAAAAACCGUAUCAGUGCUCACAGUGUGGAAAGAGUUUUAUUCAACAAUGUAGCCUUAAAAAACACCAGCGCAUUCACACUGGAGAGAAACCGUAUCAGUGCUCACAGUGUGGGAGGAGUUUUUAUCG